CUGGGCUCUUGCCCAUCUUAAACCAGUAGUUACAGGGACUGAACGAAAACAUAAUAUUACAUUAAGGUAUGCUGUGGAUUACAUAUCUCUUUCAUUAGAACAUGUUUCAUUUGAGUUGCCUGUUUGACGUUCCUUGAAUUACGAAGUCAUGUGAUAUUUAUGACUUUAAAUUGAUCCCCCUGAAUAACCGCUCUCUGUGUCAUCAGAAGAAUUACUUUAACUUGGGCUUAACAAGACAUUUAUUUUAACUAGGGCUUAUCAAGGCAUUUAUUUUAACUUGGGCUUAACAAGACAUUUAUUUUAACUUGGGCUUAACAAGACAUUUAUUUUAACUUCGGCUUAACAAGACAUUUAUUUUAACUUGGGCUUAACAAGACAUUUAUUUUAACUUGGGCUUAACAAGACAUUUAUUUUAACUGGGGCUUAACAAGACAUUUAUUUUAACUUGGGCUUAACAAGACAUUUAUUUUAACUAGGGUUUAACAAGGCGUUUAUUUUAACUAGGGCUUAACCAGGCGUUUAUUUUAACUAGGGCUUAACAAGGCGUUUAUUUUAAAUAGGGCUUAACAAGGCGUUUUUUUUAACUGGAGCUUAUCAAGGCGUUUAUUUUAACUGGGGCUUAACAAGACAUUUAUUUUAACUUGGGCUUAACAAGACAUUUAUUUUAACUUGGGCUUAACAAGACAUUUAUUUUAACUAGGGCUUAACAAGACAAUUACUUUAACUUGGGCUUAACAAGACAAUUACUUUAACUAGGGCUUAACAAGACAAUUACUUUAACUUGGGCUUAACAAGGCGUUUAUUUUAACUAGGGCUUAUCAAGGCAUUUAUUUUAACUAGGGCUUAUCAAGGCGUUUAUUUUAACUAGGGCUUAACAAGGCGUUAAUUUUAACUAGGGCUUAACAAGACAUUUAUUUUAACUAGGGCUUAACAAGGCGUUUAUUUUAACUAGGGUUUAACAAGGCGUUUAUUUUAACUAGGGCUUAACCAGGCGUUUAUUUUAACUAGGGCUUAACAAGGCGUUUAUUUUAAAUAGGGCUUAACAAGGCGUUUAUUUUAACUGGAGCUUAUCAAGGCGUUUAUUUUAACUGGGGCUUAACAAGGCGUUUAUUUUAACUAGGGCUUAAUAAGGCGUUUAUUUUAACUAGGGCUUAUCAAGGAGUUUAUUUUAACUAGGGCUUAACAAGGCGUUAAUUUUAACUGGGGCUUAACAAGGCGUUUAUUUUAACUGGGGCUUAUCAAGGCGUUUAUUUUAACUGGGGCUUAACAAGGCGUUUAUUUUAACUGGGGCUUAACAAUGCGUUUAUUUUAAAUAGGGCUUAAGAAGACAUUUAUUUUAACUAGGGCUUAUCAAGGCAUUUAUUUUAAAUAAGGCUUAACAAGGCGUUAAUUUUAACUAGGGCUUAACAAGGCGUUAAUUUUAACUGGGGCUUAACAAGGCGUUUAUUUUAACUGGGGCUUAUCAAGGCGUUUAUUUUAACUGGGGCUUAACAAGGCGUUUAUUUUAACUGGGGCUUAACAAGGCGUUUAUUUUAACUAGGGCUUAACAAGGCGUUUAUUUUAACUGGGGCUUAACAAUGCGUUUAUUUUAAAUAGGGCUUAAGAAGACAUUUAUUUUAACUAGGGCUUAUCAAGGCAUUUAUUUUAAAUAAGGCUUAACAAGGCGUUAAUUUUAACUAGGGCUUAACAAGGCGUUUAUUUUAACUAGGGCUUAACAAGGCGUUUAUUUUAACUAGGGCUUAACAAGGCGUUUAUUUUAACUAGGGCUUAACAAGGCGUUUAUUUUAACUAGGUCUUAACAAGGCAUUUAUUUUAACUAGGGCUUAACAAGGUUUUUUUUUUUAACUAGGGCUUAACAAGGCGUUUAUUUUAACUGGGGCUUAUCAAGGCGUUAAUUUUAAGUUGGGCUUAACAAGGCGUUUAUUUUAACUAGGGCUUAAUAAGGCGUUUAUUUUAACGGGGGCUUAGCAAGGCGUUUAUUUUAACUGGGGCUUAAUAAGGCGUUUAUUUUAACUGGGGCUUAACAAGGCGUUUAUUUUAACUGGGGCUUAACAAGGCGUUUAUUUUAACUGGGGCUUAACAAGGCGUUUAUUUUAACUAGGGCUUAACAAGGCGUUUAUUUUAACUGGGGCUUAACAAGGCGUUUAUUUUAACUAGGGCUUAACAAGGCGUUUAUUUUAACGGGGGCUUAACAAGGCGUUUAUUUUAACUGGGGCUUAACAAUGCGUUUAUUUUAACUGGGGCUUAACAAGGCGUUUAUUUUAACUAGGGCUUAACAAGGCGUUUAUUUUAAAUGUCCUUAACAAGGCGUUUAUUUUUAACUAGGGCUUAACAAGGCGUUUAUUUAAACUGGGGCUUAACAAGGCGUUUAUUUUAACUGGGGCUUAACAAGGCGUUUAUUUUAACUGGGGCUUAGAAGGCGUGUAUUUUAACUGGGACUUAACAAGGCGUGUAUUUUAACUAGGGCUUAACAAGGCGUUUAUUUCAAACCGGGUCCGGGUAUUUUGAGAAAUUUUACAGAAAGUCAUACACCCUACAUUCGGGCUUUAAAGCAAUAGUCCUACAGAGAGUCCUACAAAAGUCCUACACCAUAUCCGUGGCUCUUUUUUUUAUUAUUAUAAUGGCGGCUUCCAAUAUUCCCUUUAAGCUGCGCGGCUGCACAACAAUUCACAGACGCCGCGCAUCAGUUUUGAGAAUCCGCGCAGCAAAUUUCCCUGUAAGUGCGUGUUUGCGGUCUGUAAAAGUUUGCACCCAAAAAUGAUGCUGCAAAACUUUGCACACAAUUGUAUGAUGUUGCACACGAACGAGCAAACCUUAGAGGGAACAUUGGCCGCUUCCCCCUAAAGAAAUUAAGAAAUUAUGUUUGACAGCCGUUUUUUCCCCACUCAUUACUUUUAAUAUAAAUUUUCUGGAAAUAGGGGAUAGUGGUUUCGAAAAAGGAGGCAGGACAUAUACGAGAAGCAAACUAUUUAUAAGAGAUAAUAAUACAUUUAAAAAAAGCCAAAACAACUCAUUAAUUAUUGCUCGUCUCAUCUUUACUUUGACCAAAAAAUUAUAAAUGGACUGAACCGUUUAAGUGAUUGUUAGAUGGACCAAUGUUCUCAUUGUUAACGCUUUGAAUCUGUCAUGAACUCAAAGAACGCACCAUAGCUCCGAGCCCAGGAUGGACAUUAUCUUCCACGGGGUCUACCGAAAUCCGCGACACGCUGGACCGACAUCGACGGACAGCGCACAGAUCAACACGCUCCAACUGUACAAGGCGCAGGUCUAUUUGGUGGCGUCUCUGGUCUUCCUGUUGUUCGGGUUACCAGGUGAGCGUUGUUCUGCCAGGUGAACCUUGUCAUUCCAGGUUGGGAGUUGUCAUGCCAUGUGGGUCUGUUCAUGUUACGCUAGCGUUGUCCUGCCAGUUGAGCCUUGUCAUGCCAGGCGGGAGCUGUCAUGACAUGGGAGUCUUGUCAAGUUAUGCUAGCGUUGUCAUGCCAUAUGUGUCUAGUUUAUUUGCCAGUUGUGAGUUGUCAUGACAUGUGAGUCUUUUUAUGCCAAGCGAGCCUUGUCAUGUCAGGUGAGCCUUGUCAUUUUAGGUGGGCUUGUCAGGCUAUGUGAGUCUUGAAUUUUUAUGUGAGUGUUGCAAUGCCAGGUGAGCCUUGUCAUGCUUGGUGAGCUCUGCCAUGUUGGGUCAGCUUUGUCAUGCCACUUAAACAUUGUCAUGUUGGCCACCGAAGCAAAGGCACAUAUCGGAUCAUCAUAAAGUUUUCAGUAACAAUUUGUAAAUGUCCUUAAAUAAUCAGCAGUGAUAUCGUAUAAACAUUAACCGUGGUAUUGAUGAAUGAAACAAUUCAAUUCUAAUAGAAAUAAAUACUUGAGCUACUUAGGUAUCGUUCCACGUUUGUAUUGUAUUGACCUUAAAAUUUAUCGAAUCCAGUAGAUACAUUUUUUAAAUUGACUUUAACGGCUAAUCCCCAGAAGGGGGUACGUUUUCUUUCCUUUAAGUAUGAAUUUUAUGAGCCUUCAUGUGUAUUAAUCAAAUUAAAAUAUAAAAAUACAUAAUUCAAAAUCAUGAGAUAUCUGAAUAUCAUGGGAUAUAUCGAUUGAGAUACAAUAAAAAUCGUUUGAAAUAUUUCAUGAUACUGUUAGAUAUAUCAAGAUAAUUAAAGAUCUUUCAAGAUCAUGUCAGAUCUAUCACGAUUAUGGGAUAUACCUUAGUUAAUGUAAACUAUUUCAAGAUAAUAUUAGAUAUUCAAGAUCAUAUUAUGUAUUCUAUUCCAUUCCCAGGAAACAUCUUGACGAUCAUGAUACUCAGAAAGGCCACAAUGAAGGAUAAUUUCUUCUCAACACACCUAACAGCCUUGUGUGUGUUUAAUUGCUUGACCUUAGUGUGGUGUGUCCCUCGGUACAUCGUCCAGUCGUUUCAUGACCGAGACGUCCUUAGCCGCGACCCGAUGUUCUGUGCGUAA